AUGCCAAACAUCAGCGUUGUAGACUUUACUUAUGACGAUGAGACUGCGAGAAAAAGGCCUCAAGACCGAGUCGAAAAUGCAUCAGCGAAGAAGAAAGGAUUAUCAGCUCAUCUGACGCUUAUCAACUUCCUCAAAGGAAUGAUUGGUCCUGGUUGCUUCUCACUUCCGCUGGCCUUUCGGGAAGCAGGACUUUGGGUAAGAAUGUUUGAUUCUUGAUC